AUGGCGUACCCGAUGGACACCUCAGUUGCCGAUGCCUUGGAGCAGUUGGCUUCAGUCAAGGCCCAGCAGUUGGCUUCGGUGAACGGCAUUGCAGCUUUGGAAGCACAACACCGACACUGGCAAAGCCAUGUUACAGAACUCCUUGGACGGAUUGACCGUCGACUCCGCGAGGUACCAGAAAGUGCUAGGCCUUCGCCGGAGGUAUUGUUUACAUUUGCAGAACAGCAUGACACCACCACGGAGACCGAGACCGUCAAGAUCCAGUCGAAAGGGAAUGCUAGCAUGCCUAUGCAGGUCUCUGCUCCCCUCGUUCGUUCAUGUGGCGACAGUGGAAAUUUGGACGAGAACGAAGAAGUCGAAACAAGUGAUACGGAUGCAAGCCUGCAGAAUGCUCACGACAAGCCUAACGAGCACGUCCAGGAGGUUGCUGCACCCGACCAGAGACGGUUCGGCACGAUAGCGAGCCGUCCAUCAUCGCGCAAUACCUUGGAAGAGAUAUUCCGGACAAGAAAAACCGUUGUCCCGAAAGAUGGCCAGCCGACCCUGAAUAGCAUUGUCUUGGAGGAAAUGGCCUCAAACGCCAAGAGCGAGGCUCCACCGGAAGGCGACAUGUGGGCAGAAUUCCGAAGAAAAGCUGCCAAGAUUGCCAACUCCAGUUGGUUCGAGUAUGCGUCGGGUUUUGUUAUCAUGCUGAACCUUGCGACCAUUGGUGUAGAGGCCGAGCUGUCCUUGGAAAGAGGCGAGGAGUUCGGUGCAGAGUCAUGGCCAUAUCUUGUGGAACGCCUGUUCUUGGCUGUUUACUUCGUCGAGGCGGUCGCGCGUGGAUUGGCAAGUGGUUGGUCCGCUUGCAGAGAUGGCUGGUUCUUAAUGGAUGCGCCCAGCCUUGCAUUGUGUGUCUAUUUUUUUGCUUCUGUUGUUUCGACUGGUGCCUGCUCUGGCACAGAUGGGCCGCCGGAGUCGAAGCAGCGUUGUGAAAUUAUAUCGGUAUGGAAAGCACAGAAAUUAAGACAGGACUGGUCACAAGGGUCAUAG